UGUAGUAGGCACUAUCGCCUAGAAAUAUUCUUGUCCUUUUGUGAUAUUCUAUUGUGUCUUCUGCUCAUGUAAUAUAUUUUUUAGAUUUCACAUAAUUACGAGAAAUGCAAGUAAAACAUAGCUUUAAUUCUAAUAAUAUAUGUGCAGUUUAACCUUGGCGAUCAAUAAGUCGAGAAUGAAUUUAACCAGAAGUUUGGAAACACCAAAGGCUUAAGAGAAUGGAUUUGAAUAAAAUAAUGUUAAAAAGAUAACAAUGAGUGCACCGAGUGGGUGUGUCAGCUGCAGUGGUGGGUCGCAGCAGUUUGAAAGUAAACAUGACCCUGAAUGCUCUGAGGGUGAAGAUGCCCAAAUCAGAAUGGCUCCUCAUGUACAAGCAUACCUGGCUCGUAAUAACUCAACCACCAACUGUUGUGGCCUUACUAUACCUAUUGCUUUCGAAAGAGCUGCCCCAGGCACAUGGUGGAAUCCUAGAUUUGAUUCAGAAAUUCUUGAAGGCCAAUAUAGAAGUAGUUCCUUUAGACAAAUAAGAUUAAGAUUUAGAUUUGCACUUUUAUACAUUUUAAUAUUUUCUAUAUCAUGGUUUGUCUACUUUGUGGUCCUUGGCUUGAAUGAUGUGACAGUAAAAUGGCCAUUUUUGUGUUCCCUGUUUGCUGGAGUCCUAUUGAUAACUUGCAUAAUGCUCUUGGUUACCUUUACGAAUUUCUAUAAAGUGUACACGUUCAAGUUGUCUCUGGUUAUGGCAUUAGCUUUAUGUACCCUUAGUUUAUCAUUGGUGACUUUGACGACACAACUUGAAACUAGCUUUUAUCAGGCUGCAGAUAUUAGCCAAUCAGGACAUUUUACAAUGUGCAUUGAAAUACUGCUGAUUAUAUAUACACUGACCCCAUUGCCAUUGUAUGCCUGUGUUAUUUUGGGAAUAAUAUAUUCUAUAGUAUUUGAGGUGCUCAACAUUGUGUUGCAUCUGUCAGAACAAGAAUGGCAAGCUUCUGGAAUGUUUGUAAGGAUUUUACUACAACUUUGUGUACACAUCAUUGGCGUGCAUAUUUAUCUGAUGACCUUUGUGCGAAUGAGAGGUACCUUUAUGAAAGUGGGACAGAGUUUAUUAGUCAGAAGACAACUUGAAAUGGAAAAGCAAUUGAAAGAGAAGAUGAUUCAUUCAGUUAUGCCACCGAAAUUAGCCAGUAAUUUGAUGAAUGAACAAGUGACAGAAGCUGAUACUAAUGUGAAAACUUACCACAAUCCACUUAAUAGUAGGAUAUCAAAUCCAGGAUCAGACAUUAAAUCAUUAUUUAGACCAUUCAACAUGAGCUGUAUGGACAAUGUUAGCAUUUUAUUUGCUGAUAUUGUUGGUUUCACAAGAAUGUCAAGUAAAAAAGGUGCUGAAGAAUUAGUAAACAUUUUGAACGACUUGUUUGAAAAGUUUGAUGAGUUGUGUCAAAUACAUGGAUGUGAAAAAAUUUCUACUCUAGGAGAUUGUUAUUACUGUGUUUCUGGUUGUCCUGAACCAAGACCCGAUCAUGCAACUUGCUGCGUUGAAAUGGGGCUAGGCAUGAUUGAAGCCAUACAAGAGUUUGAUAGAGAGCGCGGGGAGGGAAUCAACAUGAGAGUUGGAGUUCACACAGGAACUGUUUUGUGCGGUAUUGUAGGAACACGAAGAUUUAAAUUUGAUGUCUGGAGUAAUGAUGUCACAUUUGCCAAUAAAAUGGAGUCAACAGGAAAACCAGGACGUGUUCAUAUAUCUGAAGAGACAAGUCAGUUUCUGGGUGGAUCUUAUAUAUUAGAAGAAGGAGAUGAAGUGUUUGGUCAUAAGACAUACUUUAUUGAAGGUCGACAAGUAUUUUGCCCGUACGAUCGUGAGCAAUGUCUAACCCCAUCGAAUCCUGUAAACUUACGUCUGAUUAUAUCUCCGGCGGCCUCGCCUCAGUCCGCUCUGUCCUCCAACUACUUCACGGCACCACUUACUCCGAAAACCGAGGACAAAUUAAAUUUAAGGAAGCCAAACUCCAAUAACUUCCUUUCGCCGACACCUUUCAAUUUUCGUGCUAAAGCAAGCUCAUUGCCGAGUAUAUUGGAUUCGGAUACUGAGUUAGACGACAACAGAGACAAAGGCCUCACCGAAAGGACAGAUAGCUCAUCGAAAAGUCCAACUUCUGUAGGGAGCUACGGAAAAUACACGAACAAGUUAAAGAAUUGGAAAGUGCCAAGAUUUUUGAGGAAGCACUCUGAUACGCCUCUGCACGGAAUUAAGAAAGAAGACGCAAGCGAUAAAACUAUACAUUUACUCGAGAGAGGGGACGUGUCUGUCUGUGUCCAGUCUAGCAACGGUUACCAGCAAGUGCCUAUCGUGAUAGAAUCUCAGGAUAAUAAGAGGCCUCUUCAGAGCAGCAGUAAAUUAAAUAUACCACAAAUCAACGAGACGUCAUCCUUUGACCGGGAAAUAAUUGAUAUCAGAUCGUAUUUAAGCCAAUCCCGAAGCAACAUGUCCCCCUUUGCUAGGAGCAGCAGUUACCGGUCACAGCACAGUCGGCAAAAUGCCAUCGAGAUCCCAGUCUGCCGGGCUCGGAGUUCGACCAUUACCACCCAGUGCGACUUGAUCCGGCCAAAGGACCGACGGCUGAACCUUCCGCUGCCGUCGCCGCAGCCGUCACGUCCCCACGAUGACGUCAUCAGCAUCUGCCCUUCGGUCAACAGUAGGAAAGACUCCGGCAUUAGAAGCACCAGCCGAAGAUCCAGCAUACAGCAUCAGAUAUUCGCAUUAAACCACAUCGCAAACUCCCAGAACGACAUGUUGCAACAUCGGGUCUCUGGUUACUACACGUCGAGUCAGUCGUCCCUGAACGAUUUGCAUUCAAAGAGUAGGCUCCCGCCGCCCCUCAACGACCAACAGGUGCAGUCCUUGCAGAAACUGCGCAAACAAUCCGACCUGCAACUGAUACGGUGUGUGCAGGACAACGCCCGGUCCGGGAUCAACUAUUUCGUUCAGCCGCCGAUCAACAGGUUCACGUUGUGCUUCGAAAGCGACGAAAUGGAGAGGCAUUACAGAGAUAAAGCCCACCGGAGCGACGACUGCGAAGACUUACCCCCCACCCUGACCACGUCUAGGUUCAACACCGCCCUCGACAUACUCGUCUCGGCGCUCAUAUUCCUGGCGGUAAGCGCGUCCGCGUUCGUCACGUGCAGCGACUGGUGGCGCAUCGUCGGUUGGUUUGCGUUCUUCGCGGUCAUCGAGCUCGUUGCUAUAGCGCUCUGCUUUUAUAGGCACUAUUUGAAAUGGCAAACCCACCACGAUCCGCGUUCGGUCGCCGAAACAUUCCACGAUUCGUUGAAGAUAUUCAGGAAAUUAUCCGAUUGGUAUCCCUGGCAUCUGUCUGGAGGAUUAAUGAUUAGUUUACCGAUUUUAAUAGUUCUAAUAAAUUUUUCAUGUGAAAAUACAACGUUGCCGAUUCUACGCGGCGAACAGUCUUUCUAUGUUUAUCUGUUGUGCAUUAGCAUCGUGCAUUUCUGCAACUUUACCCAGAUGAACUGGCUGGCGAAAAAUACUCUAGUCACUCUUUACGCCGGUGUGUUCCUCUUCGUGACAUUUCUCGGUUGUCACGAAGUCAAUACUCAAUAUUUGGAUGGUGAUAUUAAAUUGUAUCCUCAAUUUUUAGCUCAAAAUUUUACAGAUUAUUUUUAUCCUAACGAUAAUACUUCCGAUAGUUCGGAAACCAAUAGUACACUGAACUACGAAGGCAUGCAUCAUAAGCUGCACUUGACCGAGUUGUAUCUCGAUGUGACUCUCUUACUGAUGCUCGUUUGGUUCCUAAACAGAGAGUUCGAGAUUAGUUACCGUCUCAGUUUCUAUAGUAACGUUGUUGCGAAUCGGGACAAGCAGCGCGUUCAGAAUAUGAGGAAUCAGGCCGACUGGCUACUGCACAAUAUAAUACCGCGGCACGUCGCCGAUCAGCUCAAAAAUACCGCCAAAUAUUCGGAAAAUCACAAAGACGUCGCCAUCAUAUUCGCGAGUAUAAUUAAUUUUAACGAGAUGUACGACGAAUCAUAUUUAAAAGGUAAGGAGUAUCUGAGAAUACUCAACGAACUGAUCGCCGACUUCGAUGAACUUUUGGAGAGGCCACAGUUCCAGCACGUCGAGAAAAUUAAAACGAUAGGCAGUACGUUCAUGGCGGCCAGCGGCCUCAAUCCCGACCUGAGGCACGCGUCCCGCGGCACGUACGAUCACCUCUAUCAACUCAUGGAUUUCGCUUUAGAAAUGCAGAAAGUCGUCGACAAUUUUAACCAUGAUUUAUUCGAAUUCGAUUUCAUAUUAAGAAUCGGGUAUAAUUUUGGAGACGUCACGGCUGGCGUGAUCGGAACUACGAAACUGUAUUACGAUAUAUGGGGUGACGCAGUGAAUAUUGCAUCGAGAAUGGACUCGACCGGGGUGCCUCAGAGAAUACAAGUCGGGGAAGCUUGCGUUCCCGUGCUGUCCGCUAGGUACGAGUUCGAGCCCAGAGGCAGUGUCUAUGUCAAAGGGAAGGACGACAUGAAUGUAUACCUGCUCGUAGGAAAAAAAGAUACGUAGAUUAAUGAAAAUGUACUAUACUACUUCUCUAGGUUAACGUAGUAAUCUGUGAUUUUAAUUUAAAUGCUGAAGUCGAAUUAUAGAAAUGAAAAAUAUUUAUUAUUGUACGCGUUGUGUUCUAUACGAGGCGGAUAGAUAAAUUAAUUAGUUGUUGAAAUAUAUAGCUUUUUAAAUAUAGUGAUGUUUACGGAAUUAACUUGAAAAUUUUAAAAUAGAUAGAUUAGUGAAAUCUCCUUGCCUGUAACAAAAUAUCUGUGACCAGUGUUCUAGUCUCCAAAUUUUUGACGUGAUCUUUUUAAUAUAUGAAAGCCGUACGAAAGAACGACAAGAACGCUUUUAGAAAAUGUAAUCGAAUAUGUACGGUAGUUCUUAAAAUUUUGAUCACUGUCAUAGACUACAUGAUAAUUAGUAGUAACCUUCUUUACAAUAAAAAGCAAUUUUUAUAUUUGUAAAUAAACAAUACGUGACCAUUGAUGACCGGUUUGGUCUUAAAUGAUGUUUAUAUUUAUUGAAUGUUUUAGUUUGUAAGUAAAUGGUACUAAUAUAUUGUAUAUUUUUAGUUUAUAGGUGAAUCGUCGCUUUUUUUUAAGAAUAUAUUUUGUCAAUAAUAGGGUGUCGUAAGUUAUGUAAAUUGGUAUUUAAAAAAAAACGAUACAAUACUAAGAUGAUCCACAAAAAAAAAUAGGGAACUGAACAGAUCCUAUUUACCAAAACUACGGCGCUAAUGUUAUAAAUCGCGGACGAGCGUAAUUUCAUUUUAUGUGACGUCAUUUGGGGGCAAUAUAAACGAACAGCAAACCACAGAAAAUACACUAAAAUACAACGAUUAGCCAGAUAUUCUGAUAUAUUAAUGUAAUUUGAAAAUUCACAAAAAAAUAAUUUAAAUAAGUAUAACUACUCAGAUUGUUUUGAUAUUAGCAUUCGGUAGCCCAUAAUAUAGAUAUAGAUAUAAAUAUAGUUGCCCAUAAUAAAUAUUGUGUCAUGGCAACCCUAACAAUUUCGUUACGAGGCAAAGGGCAAUCAAUACAGCUUAGAUAGGCGUAAAAGCGAUAAGUAAUUAAAAAUCGUGGACCGAACGUGGAUCAUGCGUGCCUCACCUCUAGUGUCAUUUGUAGGGAAAAUUAUUCUGCUUGAUAUCAUUUAACUAUAAUCACAUGCGACCGGCAAACUCUUUACUAUGUAUUGAAAUCGUAAACAGAAGAAUAUUUUGCCGUUUUGACUAACUACAUUGGAAAGUGGAUAAAAAUUUAAUCUACCUUAAACAAACACAGUCAUAAAAUAAAUUUUACAAGACAGACUCGAUUUUAAUAUUGUUUUUUUUUGUUGUUUUUGGGAUCAUAUUAGAUAUUUUGUUAAUGUUUUUUAACGUCGAGAAAUGAUAUUUCUACUAGUACCUAUGCAUAAGACUGUUUCAACGAAAUAUUCUUGUAUUUUAAUAUAAGGAAUGUAAGGAAUUACUUCGGCUUUAAAAACGCAAUGUUCCUCGACAUUAGACGCAUAAAGUCGGGUUUUCCUAUAUUGUUUUUGUGUUCUUUUCUUGAAAUAUCGAAGUCGAGCAUAAUUUUAAGUCAAUUGUUAUUAUUAAAAAAAAAACAAUCCUGACCAUCACACAGAUUACAUUAGAACUAAAUAAGACAAGUUUGAAUCCAGAAUACCCGACGUUACGCCUCUAAAGUCGAGAUUUAGCUGAUCGUGUUUUGAUAAUGUCACAGUGUCAGGAAUCCUCAGUGCUAUAAGAUUGCGAACUGUCUUCGUUUUCAGGGAUAAUUUCUCACAUCAGAUAAAAUAAUUUGAAUGUAUUUACGAUACCCUAUAAAAUACGGUUUGCUCACUCGUGUACAAUAUUAGCACAGAUAGAGAUCGUUUUGCAUAACGAAAUCAAACAUAUUUAUUUGUCUUCAGUCGGAGUCUACUUUAAGUAAGUACAUUUGCAAAACAUUUUUAGUUAAUCAAAAAACUUGCAACGCAUUUAGUGUGUAAUUACGGGGACUAUUUUAUACUAACAAUUCUAUGUCUGCGAUGCCAGAAAUAAUUCUAAAUAUAUAUAUGUAUAUAUUUAAAUGUUUAUAUAUCUUAUACAGAUAUAAAUAUUUACAAGAUACAUCGGAAAUUUAAUUCUAUAUUCGGUAGACGUACUUCUAACUUAUGAUGAAAGCCUUAAACACUAUACAUUCCAAUUGUAUUUAAAAAUAAUAUGCCUUCGAUUUGUUCUAUUUUCCUCUAUGUAAUCGUCGAAGGGAAUGUUCUAUGAACUGCUGAUUAAUAAAAGACUGUGUGCAAGUGGCCGUAACAAAAACACUUCUGGGUGCAAAGAUAUUGCAACAAUGAACUUUUACAAAAUCAUACGCUGAUGAAUCGAGAGAGUCAGUUGUUGCAAAAUUAUAAAAGUGAAAUUAAACGAAGAUACGCUCUCAUGCUGGCGAUCGAAAUGCAAAUUAUAUAUUUAAUAAUGUCAGUUAAAUCGAGAGGCUGCCUAUGCUAUUUAGUGUUUUUAAAAUUUCGUUCGAAGAUAUCAUGGACAUGGCGACACCGAGUAGGGUGGCACAUUUGAAGUCCGACGUAACGAGAUAUUUUUUUCCUACCUAAGUUGGUAGCCUUGAGAGGCUAUUCCAGCGUAACCUAACGUGUAGGUGAGCUCACGGGGCUCAAACCGGAGUGUUGCUA